CAGAAUGGAAUAAGCACAGGGUCAUGAAGCAGACGGUGUGAUGGCUUUGUUUUUCACCAGGAUAUUAACACAGGAAACAUCUACCACCAUGAAGGGAGUAGCAGCACUCAGGUCGGCAUUCUUCACAACCAAGGCAGCCAUUCAAAUAAAGGUGGAAGCAUAUAGGAAAACUGCCACCCAUUUAUUGAAUGAGGCACCGUCCACUCACGUGCUGCUGACUCGCCAUGAGGCUCUGCAGUACUACUUCACCAUGCAGACAAUUAGGUGCUUAGAGCUGAAGACAAAACAACUGUUUGACCGGAACAUCAUCAGAGGUCCUUGCCACUUGUAUGUUGGCCAGGAAGCAUGUGCAGUUGGUAUUGAUGCAGCUGUUAAGUCAUCUGAUUGCCUCAUAACUGGGUAUCGUUCUCAUGGCUUCAUAUUCACCAGGGGCGGCUGUCUAAGGGCAAUUUUGGCUGAGCUCGCAGGCCGAAGGGCGGGGAUGUCAAAAGGCAGAGGGGGAUCCAUGCACAUGUUCACAAAAACCUUAUACGGAGGUCACGGUGUUGUUGGAUCUCAGGUUUCUCUGGGUGCCGGUCUGGCGCUCGCAUGCAAGUACCAGAAGAAAGAUGAGUUGUGUGUUUGUGUCUAUGGUGAUGGUGCAGCCAACCAGGGGCAGGUUGCUGAGAGCAUGAAUAUGGCAGCUCUUUGGAAUUUGCCCAUCAUUUUCGUCUGUGAAAAUAAUAAAUACGCAAAAGGUACUUCGGUGGAUCGUUGUACUGUAAAUACCGACUUCUACAAGAGAGGGCAAGUCAUUCCUGGACUCAGGGUGGAUGGGAUGGACAUCCUCUGCGUUCGGGAGGCAACCAGAUUUGCUUCUGAUUACUGUCGAUCUGGAAAAGGCCCAAUCAUUAUGGAGCUUCAAACCUAUCGCUAUUUUGGACACUUUCUGGGCGAUACUGAGGAUAGGUAUCGCUCAGUGGAUGAGGUUGAUAAGGUCCGCAGAAACAGAGACCCCAUUGCAAAACUUGAGGGUUACAUCAUCAGCAACAAUAUGGCCACAACAGAGGAACUGAAGCAGAUUGAUGAGAAAAGCAAAAAAGAUGUUGAAGAAGCUGCCCAAUUUGCCAUUCGAAGCCCUGAACCACCAGUGAAGGAACUAUGCAACUACAUUUACUGCAAUAAUCCACCUCAAGAAGUGCGAGGCGUUAACCCCUGGACUAAGAUGAAGUCUGUCAGCUAAAAGUGUCAUUUGAAAAAGAUGCCAAAUGGACCUGUCUGGGACCCACAAAAGGUUAACUGCAUGUGACUUGCAUAAGUAAAAAGAAUAAUAAUCAUAAUUAUGUCUGACUACAUUAAAAUUCAAUUAAUAUACAAAAAAUAAGUUGCAACUAGCAAAACAGAGAGCCAUCUGUGUUAUAUUUUCGAGAUAUACGUGGUUUAAAUACCAUAUCUUGUUCUGUUGCUGUUCAAAUAGGUUGAAGACCUCAAAGGCUUCAUGGUCAAAGCAAAACAUU